AUGGGUCACAUUGCAAAUGCAGUGCACUGGCACUUGAGUCAUUCUUCAAUUGGACAGUCUGCAACUCCUCAAAUUGUGUUUUCAGACCUGUAUAGAGUUCAGAACAACAAAGAGUCAUACAUAUCAUUAACAUCUGAUCAGAUUCAUGAAAUUGAGUGCUUUCUCAAUGCAGAUGGGCUUUUGCAAAAACCUGAACCAAUCAGCAUCCCACCACCAGAUGAUGAAUCUAGACCAUCUGUCCAACUACUGUCCAACAGCAGCCCAACACAACACAAUAGCACAUCCCAGAAUCAACCCACAGAAUCUGAAGCAGAAUCUCCAGUUGUUGAUGCAGAGUCAAAGGCAUCUAGAAUCUAUGAGAGUGUUGUUCAGUCAAGACUCUCUAUGUCAGAGAAUGAAGCAUUGCCAGCAACCCAGAACAACUUGCUGACACAAAUUAGUUCUCAAAAUGAAAGAAGAGAAAAUAAUCAGAUUUCAGCAACACAAAAUCAGCAAGCUGAGAAUUUCAAGCUUUGUUCACAACAAGCACCUGACACUCCACUGUGCAAUGCAAGACAGCAGAAUAGUGAGCUUGAUGUUGGAUUGACAACUUCAAAUGCCCAACAACCACAAGCAACAAAUAUAUUGCUUUCAUACCAAUUCAAGACCUGUGAACUAACCAGACCUGAAACACCAUAUGAACACAUUCUGGGAGAUCUUGCUGUUUGGUGUGGUGUGGAAGAGCAAGACUUUUCUGGUGACUUUAAAAAUCAGGAAUUUAUUGAUGUUGUCAGUCUAUUGGAUUGGUGGGAUGCAGGAACUGAUGAGUUAUCAGCAUUUGCUGAGCAUGAGAUUCAGAUGUAUCUCUAUCACUGCCAGCACUGUGCUGAUCUUCAUGGUGGAAUGACUUCACCAUGGAUUGCCCCAAUGCUGUACUUGAUCACACAGCAGAUUCUUGCUCAGGAUCCAAUACUGUAUCUCCUUAAUUCUUACCAUUUGUGGAGCAGAAGGAAUGCAGCUUUCCUCAUUGGUCAAGAAUGUUCAGAGCUUGCAAAUUGUUACUAUCAUGAGUGUUGA